GUCAUGUCUUCACAUGUAUCUUCCUGUCGGUGCUCGUUUCGCUUGGCUCCUCGCGCAUGACGCUCCGUUGGCCUAGCAUGGCAGGGUCUAGCAUUGCAGGGUCUGGCAUGGCCCGGUGUGAAAAGACCCGCGAAGUCGCUGUCGCAAGUCGAUCUCCGAUUGGGCGAGAUUCUGGUCACUCACGUGAUCGUGUCCCGUGCUUGGCUUGGAGCUGUCGUCGGCAUCGAAGUUAGAUCAGCUCUGUCAGGGCGAGCUCGUGGCGGCGGAGAGAUAGGAAAAUGACGUGUCCGGGAAAACAGGAAAAUGACGUGUUUGUGGGACACGCUGGCGGGAGCCGUGUGGAGAACACGACUAGCACGCGGUGAAAGCGGGUGAUAGCGGAUGACAGCGCGACCAACGGAGUUCAAUAUUAACUCUCCGGCUUAUCCCGCUUCCAUGACAGCUCUCUCCAAAGAGCUCGAGUAAUAUCCCUGACUUGAGAUUCUUUGACAUACUCUUCUGGCCGACGCGCUUCUGACGGCUGCUCUUUCGAAUCGACCGUCCUCUCCGUCGCCAUGCCUCAUUUCAAGCGAUGGCUCCAGCGGCCGAAUCCGGUCCACCUGGCGUGUGCUGCGAUGGCCGAGAUGUUCGGAACCAUGUUUUUCGUCUUCGUGGGCGUCGGCUCAGUCGCCGUCUCAAGUGAAUUUGUUCAAGGGCUGGAUGUCGUCCGCAUUCUCUCCAUAGGGAUCGCGCAUGGUCUUGCUCUCGUAGUCGCUGUGGGUGCUGCAUCCGGGAUUUCAGGAGGACACAUCAAUCCAGCGGUGACAAUAAGCAUGCUGGUAGUGGGGCUGGUUGACGUCAUCACAGCAGCAGCUUAUGUGGCAGCUCAGCUGAUAGGAGCUGUGUGUGGUGCUGGCCUUGUCAAGGCGAUAACACCUGCCAGCCGACAUGACGCUCUUGGAGCACACACGCUCGGCGCCGGGGUCUCCGUGGGUCAAGGCGUCCUCACUGAGAUCAUAUUGUCAGCCCUGCUAGUGUACGCAGUGUUUGCUGCUGCUGUGGAUCCGAAGGGACCUGCUCACCUGGCUUCUGUGCUGAUUGGGUUUUCUGUGCUGGUGGAUCACAUUGUGGGUGUUCCUCUAACGGGGGCGUCAAUGAAUCCAGCACGCUCCUUUGGUGCUGCUGUCUGGACUGGGGUGUGGGAGAACCAUUGGAUCUAUUGGGUUGGGACGAUUGUAGGUGCUUGCGUUGUUAGCAUUGCUUACUGCCUGGUGUUUUUGGUGCCUAGGGAGUACGGGGAUAAGGUGAAGGCUCUGAGCCCUUUCAGGCCGAAGGAUUCACGCCAAGAAGAGGACACUGUUAGUAUCUCCGUUCCAUAGCUAACAAGAGGUUUCCCUUUCAAUUCGCAAUUCCUCUUCACUCCCUUAGGUAUGUGUCACCAUCUUUGGGAUGUCAAUAUUAAUAGUGAACUUCAUAUGUUGCGUUGAACGUGUAUAUCAAU